UGGCAGUUUCUUUUGGAAAACAGCAAGUGGACAGGCUCGUUGUGUUGCUUGUGAAAUUAAAGAAAAAGUACACUUUGUGCAAAACUAACAGAUAUAAUUAUCUGGUUAUCUUGGAAUGUCUGGUGGUCCAUCCAUAACGCUUAAAACCCAACCAAUUGAUGGUAACAACACAGGGAACGCUGCAGCGCAGCAGCAGCAGCAAAGUGCGAAUGGCGCAGCAGCUGCUGGGGCAUCUGCAGCGUCUGGCUCCGCCCAAAAUCCAGGAAAUGGAGGAGCUGUAGGCGGUGGUAGUGUACCGGCGGAGGGAACGCGGCAGAACAGCUUGCAACGAAUCCAACAGCGAAAGCAGAAGGUUUUCAAUCUGCCCGUUUCCCAGAAACUGGCCAAAGUCUCAAUGUACUCCGCUUGCCAGUCGGAAGGAUGCCGCUGCACCGGAUGGAAAACACCGCAGGAGAACCGCCACCGUGACGUGGAGUCCUCCUACUGUCCCGAGUUUAACGAGGAGUGCCGAAACGCCAGCUGCCAGCAUUCCUUAAAGAUGCAUAUUGCUCAUUUGGACAAUAUAUCCAGCUCCAGCAUGAACGAGCUUCUGGGUGCCAUUAUUGACAUGGAGAACCUAUUCAUGUCCAUGCAGCGCGUCGAGGACGAAGACACCAAGAAGGUUUACCUUUAUCUCUUCCGUUUGCUGCGUCAGUGCGUCCUAACGCGCCAGCAGGCAGUCAUCCGUGGUCCUCUGGGAGAUCCGCCGUUUGAAUCGCCAUGCAUCACCAAGGCGGUUCUAUCGUUGGUUUUCUAUAAAUACAACCACCUCAACCCGACUGAACUCCAAACCAUGACCGAAGUGGGCAAGACGUUCCUGAACUUUCUAAAUCACUAUAACUUUGAAUCACCAUCGACGAGGAGGGGAGAUCUUACCCAUGAGGAUGCCUCGAACUACAAGAUUAAUUACACUAGGUGGUUAGUUUUCUGCCACGUGCCAGCCUUCUGUAACUCUCUGCGCCAAUUCGAAACGUCCUUGGUAUUUGGACGAACUCUUCUGCGCACUGUGUUCCAGUACAUGUCCCAACAGCUCAAAAAGAAAUGCAUUUCGGAGCGAGAUCGCUUUCCCGAGGAUAAGCGUUCAAUAAUAACCCAGAUGCCCAAGUUUUUGGAAGCCCUUCGCGCUGAGCUCCUAAAGGAUGAUUCACCCAUCUGGGAUCCCAACUACCGUCCACCCAAUUCUUUCGUCAUCCAGCAGAGAAAGCGUCAUCAGGAAGCCGUGCCCGUAACUCCAGGCCCUAGUGUAACAACUAUAGGAGGUGCUAAGCGAGUCAGUGUUGGCGAACCACUUCAUAAGAGAAUUAAAAAGGAGCCGACAGAUCGCUCCAGCAGUGAGAAUUCAGAUGAUCUGCCCACGGAUGUCGUGAUGCGCGCCAUGAAAUCAGUGUCGGAGUCGAAGACCACUAACAAAGCGGAAAUACUCUUUCCAGUUAAUGUUUCACGCGAUGAGAAUGUCAAGGCGGAGGAGCAGAAGCGGGCCAUUGAGUUUCAUGUAGUGGGCAAUUCGCUCACCAAACCAGUGGACAAGCAACAGAUGUUAUGGCUUCUCGGCCUACAGCUUGUAUUUGCCUAUCAAUUACCCGAGAUGCCACGGGAAUACAUCAGUCAACUGGUCUUCGACACGAAGCACAAAACAUUGGCGCUCAUUAAGGAAAACCAGCCCAUCGGUGGCAUAUGCUUCCGCCCGUUUCCCUCGCAGGGUUUCACAGAAAUUGUUUUCUGCGCAGUCACAAUGUCGGAACAAGUGAAGGGCUAUGGAACGCAUUUGAUGAAUCACCUGAAGGACUAUAGUAUCCAACGAGGUAUUAAACAUCUACUCACGUUUGCAGAUUGCGAUGCCAUUGGGUACUUCAAGAAGCAGGGUUUUUCCAAGGACAUUAAGUUGGCACGACCCGUGUAUGCGGGUUACAUUAAAGAGUACGAUAGCGCCACUUUAAUGCACUGCGAGCUGCAUCCGAGUAUUGUGAACACCCAAUUUAUUGCCGUUAUUCGCUUUCAGAGCGAGAUUUUGAAAGAGCUAAUAGCACAACGCCACAACGAGGUGCAGAAAGUAAGACUUGGCUUGACUUGCUUCAAGGAGGGCCUGCCCUCGAUUCCCGUUGAGUCGAUUCCUGGACUGCGCGAGAUUGGUUGGAAGCCACAAAUGCGUCCAGCUCGGUCAUCGAGACCCCUUGAAGAAUCCUCCGAUCCGGAGAAACUUGCCACAUCUUUUGCAUCGGUGCUGCAGUCUGUGCGCCAACACACUACCGCCUGGCCUUUUUUGCGUCCGGUCACCGCUGCCGAAGUACCGGAUUACUACGACCAUAUCAAGUACCCAAUGGACUUGAAAACCAUGGGGGAUCGUCUAAAGAAGGGUUACUACCAGACACGCCGCCUUUUCAUGGCAGACAUGGCCCGUAUCUUUUCCAAUUGUCGAUUCUAUAACUCACCCGAUACCGAGUAUUAUCGUUGUGCCAACUCCCUGGAGCGCUACUUCCAAACCAAAAUGCGAGAGCUGGGUCUGUGGGACAAAUGAUGCAGCGAUUCUGAGGAACCUUGUAUAAACCCGAAUACUUAAUCUUCACUGCCGAAGAUAAUACUUUUUAGUUAUUUUAUAAUUUUCUGCGAAAAAGACAUAAUGCGAUAUUUAGUUGUCAAGGAAAUUGAUAUUAGGAUUAAGCGUUUUCUGGAAGGUAUAUAUCAAGUGCCCCGUCUUGUUAAUUUAGACGGGCUUGAGAGCUUAAGUUAUUUUAAAGGAAAAUAAAUUAGACAUUUCAUUUA